GGGGCGAUUUUGGUAAUUAUUUGUGGUGGAUUGGCCCAGUUGGUGAUAAGUUCCCCGUUGGUAGCACUGUUUAAAAGUCGCUUGGCGGGAUCGUAGUGUGCUGUGAUGGUGUUUUGGUAAACAGUCAAAAAUGUGAUAUUUUGUGAUUUUCCUCGUUUCCUGUCUGUGUUUUCAACUUAAAACAUGUCGACAACGCAAAGCGACAUUCCCUCGUCGGACAUAAUCGCCAGUUUGAUGAAAGACCCCGUCAAAAAAGCCCAACUCUUGCAGUUACUUGUCCAGGAGAAAAGUGGCUUCGAAGCCUACAAACGCCAGGAAGAAACGAAAAAAACGCCUCUAAAAAAUGUCAAACGAAGGGUUCAUUGUGAAAGCCCUACGGCCGUGCUGCGUAGGAGGAUGCUCGAGCAGAAAGACCAAGACUCGACCUCCGAUUCUUCGGAUUUGAGUGAGACAGCUAAUGAGGUUAAGGGCCCCAAACUGCCCUUUGGCGAGCUGUUGAAAGGGGUGAGGGCUUUCGUGGACGUUAAUAGGGAUGGGGUUGACAAGUCUGAAGGCAUCAAAGCUGUGAUGAAGCUGAUGGGGGCCACGAUCAGGGAGCAGUUCACGAGGGACGUCACGCAUGUUAUUUUUAAAGACGGUUCUUUUACAACCUUCGAAAAAGCCAGACUUAUGAAAAUCCAUCUAGUUUCUGUUUUAUGGCUCGACGCUGUUCGUAGGAACAGCGCUCGAGUCCCUGAAAAAAAUUAUCCCGCUUUUGGAAGUAGAGUAAACGAUGCUAAUGUCUCAAUUAUGUGUUCGCAAUUGCAAAAAGACUAUGAAGACAUAAUCAAAGACGAGAAACGUCGCACUUGGUCUUCGUUACCUAAACCAAAACAAUCCACUGAACAAAACAGACGUCGUACGAUGCUUCCUCAGACUCAAACCUCAAUGAGCAGUUAUGCCACUGCUCAAAAUAAACCAUUGUCAGAUAGUAGCGAUAGCGAAGUUGCUUCGAUUUUAAAUAGUGAACAAGCGAAAUCGCCCGAAUUGACUUCGGACGAUUCAGAAUGUGGUAUAAUCGAUGGUUGUAGCAGCAAACGCUCUAAAGACCAAACAGAUAUUUUACAAAGUUCUUCGUUUCUGUCGGAAUCCACCGAUUCCACUUCUUUACUCAGCCGAAUUACUACACGAAAACUAAGAAAAACGAGUGUUGUCUCUGAUAUGGACAUAACUCCAAACCUUGAUGAACGAAGUCGACGAUCGAGUUCUUUGAGAGUCUCUUCAGAGACUGAUAAAACCAAAAGUGGUCUCAGAGAUUCAAAAUCUUCAGAAAUUAAUAAAAGACGGAAACAGGGAAAUACAAGUGUUCCUUCUGUACAAUCGAGUACUAUGUCGUCUUUGAGGAUCUCCUCAGGGACUGAUAAAACUAAAAGUGGUCUCGAAGAUUCAAAAUCUUCAGAAACUAAUAAAUCACAGAAACAAGGAAGUGUUUCUUCUGUACAGUCGAGUAUUAUGUCCUCUUUGAAGAUCUCCUCAGGGACUGAUAAAACUAAAAGUGGUCUUGGUGAUUCGAUCAGUGGCAAGGAGAAUUGUUCUGUUAUGUUGGAAAGAACGUCUCUGACUGACAAACCUGAAGAAGGGCGAAGUGUCGGAAAAAGAAGAGCGUUCAAAAGUUUGGAAGAAAGGAGCAAUACUAGUUCCACCACUGAUUCCGGAAAGACACCAAAGAAGAAGAAACCAUCAGGACCAAGUCCCAGUUUUACUCGAAUAACUAAGCGGAAGUCUAAAGUUGAAUCAUCAGAGUCUGAUUUUGAAACUAAACGUGGUAAAACUAAGAAGAAUAGUUCGCUAGAUUCGGGUGCAGAGUCAGAUGUGGAAAGUUCCAUUAGAAGUGAAACGUCCAGGAGGAGUCGUCGCUCAGUUUCUGUGGCUUUAUUUACUGACACCCCACCUGACAGAAACAGAGCUGCUUCUGUUAGUAGGGCUCAAAGUGUUAGAAGUACUAGUACUAGAAAUAUUAGGAGCCGAUCUAAAUCACCCAGUGAGAGUGAAGCGGUUCAAAAUCCCACUCCGGCGAAGAAAACUCGCAAGUUGUACAAUCCUGACGAUGUCAACGUUUCGGUAUUUUUAACGCCUGUAAACGAAAAAGAACAAGAGGGUCACAGGAGGCUAAAACCGCAGGUUACUCCAAAGGAUUUAUUUGUUAAUCCCAACAACAUCAAUAUUCGGAUUGGGCCAAGUGGGAAAAAAGCACCAAAACAGCAAAAGAAAAUUGAAACUCCCCCAAGUGAUGACGAAAAUGGGUCACUGUUGGAUUUGUUAAAUACUAGUGAACGCAGGCGAUCGCAACGUUUGACUUUGUCGCAGACCAAACCAAAAUACGUUUUUACUUCUGACGAAAGUCAAUCGACUAGUAGUCUUCCUAUUACUCCGAUCAAAAGGCGGAGUACUAUGGAUUUUGUCCCGAUUUCGCAAACACAGAAACGUAAAUUGAAGCUAGAUCCAAAGAGGAAGACUAGCAUUGUUUGUACUAAAUUCCACUCGAGUGAAGUGGUCCAAUUUGAAAGUAUAGUCAAUACUUUGGGACGAUUUUUUGUUGAGGAUGUUGUGACUAGUAGGACUACUCAUCUGGUCGCGGGUGAGGCUAAAAGGACGAUUAAUAUGCUGAAGGCUAUUGCUAGGGGGUGCUGGAUUUUAAAACACGAAUGGUUGUUGAAAUCGCACGAGCAGGGGACGUGGUUGAAUGAAGAAGAUUACGAAUUGACUGAAUAUUCACCUGCUGUUCAGAUGUGUCGGUUGCAAAGAGAAGCUUUCGGUCCUUCUUACACCAUGGAUAUUUUUAAAGAUUGUGGUUGUAUUUAUUUGGGACAGUCCACAUCACCCAAAGCUUCAGAUUUGAAGGCUUUGAUUACUAUUUGUCAAGGGAAAGUGACGGCGGUGCUUAAGAACGCGUCUAUUGUCGUUGGAGAGUAUAUUGAAGGUGACGAUCUGACUUGUGUGACGGAAGUUUGGGUCUUGGAUUCGAUCCAUGUGAAUAAACUAAAGUCGGUUAAAAAUUAUUUGAUUAAAGCUCCCAACGAGACUAGUCCGGCUUUUUAGGAACCUUUAUUCUACAUUAAAAUAUUGACCAGUCUUGGUCUGUUUGUUAUUUUAUCUUUUAUACCCACUUAUUGUUAUUUUUGCAUAAUCUGAAAUAAAUAUAUUUCAACUAA